AUGUCUAGCACUCGUCUUUCCCCACCCCAAGAUGGUUCGGUGACCUUGCCUGAGGCCGUCGACUAUCACAGAAAACAACACCCCACUAGGCCUAUGUUCGUUUUCCAGGCCGAUGGUCGUCCCGACAUUACCGAAGUCUCUUACCUCGAGUUUGCCCGAGCUACCGACCGUGUCGCGCAUUAUCUGAGGCCAGGACGAAAGGGUCCAGAGGGUCAAGUCGUUGGUCUCGUUGCCCUCUCCGAUACUCUGCUAUAUCACGCUGUUACAAUCGGAAUCAUGAGGGCGGGCAUGAUUCCGUACCCUAUGUCGCCGCGUAACACAGCGGUAGCAACCAUCAAGUUGGUGAAAGAGACUUCAUGCCAUCGGCUGGUUGCGACUCGGGCGACCUUGCGCCCUCUCAUGGAAGACCUUGAGAAGGAGCUGGCCGCUGAUCCUUUAUACGCUCUUUCCAUCGAGGAGGUUCCUCCUCUUUUCGACAUAUUCCCAAAACUCGGUCAGGAGAAAGAAGAGGACCCCUUUACACCAUACCCAACUGCACAACGCCCCUCUCUCAAGGAAAUCGCGAUGUACCUACACUCAUCAGGAAGCACCGGACUCCCGAAGACUAUCGCACAAACGUUCAGAGCUAUAGUUCACUGGGCAUCUUUCCCCCUGAUAUCUGAUGUCCGCGACUACAAGGUCCAACUUCGGCAGGCGGGAAUGGCGCUGCCCCCUUUCCAUGCCAUGUGUAUCAUCACGCACUUGCUUUGCUCCUUGUACGGAAUGACGCCGAUUGGUCUCUUCCCCCCUACGGCUACAACGCCGAAGUCGCAACCCGUUCAUCCUUCCCCCCACAACAUUCUUGAACACGCCGCACGAACGAAAUGCAAUGCCCUCGUCACCGUCCCUACCUUCCUCCAUUUUUGGGCCAACGAGAAGAAAGCGGUCGACUUUCUAGCGAGCUUGGAAUUCGUUGAAUACGGUGGUGGGGCACUACCCUCCAAACUAGGCAACUUCAUGACCGAAUCGGGAGUGCACAUCACACCUAUUUAUGGUGCGACUGAGUUUGGCGCUCCUAUCCACCUCUUCUGUCCGAAAGGCUAUGAAUCUGGGUGGGAGUACAUCAAAUUUUCUGAGGACAUCAAUAUCCGUUGGGUUCCUCAAGGAGACGGGACGUUUGAGAGUCAGUUCUUGACUUGUGACAAUCAUGAGAUCUCUGUCGAAAAUCUCCCAGACGUUAGGGGAUAUUCCAGCUCCGAUCUCUGGACGCCUCAUCCUACAAGACCUGGCUUCUGGAAGAUUGUUGGAAGGCAAGAUGACGUUAUCGUCCACACCUCUGGGGAGAAAACCGUACCUGCCCCAAUGGAAGACAUCCUUAUGAGUAGCCCCUAUCUCAUGGGCGUCGUCAUGUUCGGCCGCGACCACGAUCAACCUGGUCUUCUCGUCGAGCUGAAAGGAAUCUAUGCAAUCGAUGUUGAGAAUGACGCGGAAGUGAUCCAAGCACGGGAUAUGCUUUGGCCGAUCGUCGAGGAAGCGAACAAGGUUGCGCCGGCGUUCAGUCGGAUAUUCAAGGAGAUGAUCCUGUUCACGUCUUCUGACAAGCCACUACCGCGUGCGGGGAAGGGUACAGUCCUGCGCAAGGCAGCGCUGAAGGUGUACGAGGUCGAGAUCGAGGAGAUUUACGCUAAGGUCGAAGCCACUGCGAAGGUGGAAAGCGUCGUUCCUCCAGCUUCGUGGACGAAAUCUGACACCGAAGGAUGGCUUACCGCCCAAGUCGAGGAAAUUCUCCCUGGGCGCAAGUUCUCCGCCUCUGGUGAUCUCUUCGACCAAGGUAUGGAUAGCCUAGGUGCUACCAUCCUUCGACGGCGCAUCAUCGGCGCAAUGCAGUCCAACAGGGCUCUUCAAACGGCGGCUCAGCGCGUCUCGCAAACGACGGUCUAUGAUAACGCUUCCAUUGCCAAGCUUGCUGCGCUUUUGGAUGCCCUGGCAGCGGAUCUCGAGUCCGAGUCCGAGAGUCUCAGCCAGAACAGUCAGAAGGCCAUCGCCUCAACGAGCAGGUCCGAGGCCAUGGAGCGCAUGAUUGCGAAGUACUCGGAAGGGUUUACGCAGAUCACGCCCGUGGGGCAGCCUACUACGGCCGAGCCGAUUCAGGAGGCCGUGGUUCUCCUCACAGGGUCUGCGGGGAACUUAGGCUCGCAACUGCUGAAGAGUUUGCUACGAGACGAGAAGGUGAAGAGGGUGUACAGCGUUACGAGGCCGUCGAAGAGCCAAACAUCCAAGGAGAGGCAUGUCAAGCGAUUCAUGGACAAAGGUUUCGACGUUGGAUUGCUCGACUCCGAGAAGCUCGUCUUCUUGGAAGCUGAGGUCUCUGAGACGCAGUUAGGAGUACCACAAGAGAUGUAUGAAGAGCUACGCGAUUCCGUCAACGUCAUCAUACACAACGCGUGGAAGCUCGACUUCAACCUCUCACUGCAGUCGUUCGAACCCUAUGUCCAGGGAACCCGCAACCUCAUUGACCUUGCACGGUCAGGCCCCCAUGCGUCGUCACUGAAGUUCCUUUUCACAUCAUCCGUCUCUUCCGCGUCUUCUUGGGAUACCACGCGAGGCCCGUACCCUGAAGAAAUCAUGCUGGACGCACGAUACGCUGUCGGUCAUGGUUACGGAGAGGCUAAAUACGUUUGCGAGCGGGUCCUCGCAAACAGUGGUUUGCAGACAACGUCUUUCAGAAUUGGUCAAAUUUCUGGGGGAGGGUGGAAUGGAGCCUGGGCAACCAGUGACUGGGUACCUAUCUUGGUCAAGUCCAGUAUUCAUCUCGGUUCUCUCCCUUCAGCCAUUGGCUUCGCGUCUUGGUUACCUACGGACGCGGUUUCGCAAACAAUCCUCGACGCAGCGUCCUCCGAUACCCAGUCCGCUGCACUGAACGUCGUGCAUCCAAAACCCGUCACAUGGAAUGAUAUCGUCGGCGCUGUUAACGACGUUUUAGUCGAUGAGGGCGUCAUCCCCGAAAAGCUGCCCGUCGUCGACAUGAAAACAUGGUUCUGCCUCUUGGAGGCAAAGGCACAUCAGGCCGAUGCAAAAGAAAUCAUUUAUGACAUCCCCGCCAUCAAACUCCUCGAAUUCUUCCGGAGUGUGGCGCAGGCCGACGCGAGCCUUCGACAAGAAGGUGACCCUAAUGUCGAGAGCUGCGGGUUGACCCCUCUCUCGACUAUGAAGGCCCAGGAAGUCAGCCGCGCAAUGAGAGAGGUGUCACCGCUUGGCCGGGCAGAUGCUGAAUUGUGGGUCAAAUAUUGGAAGAACGCAGGCCUGUUUUUGUGA